AUGGAAAUAGAGACAAAUUAUUUCGCUUACUGUUUGGACACGAAGACCAAAACAAAUUACUUCAUUGUACCGUCAACGUUUUUGAAACCAAGACCAAAAGCAAGACAUUUGAAUCCAGGACUUGCCUGGAACACUCUUGGACAAGAAUUCUGGGGAGGUGUGUUCCAAUCAGCAUGGCGCGAGUCUUUGGAGGUAGACCUUCACGAUGGAACCUUUCUGGACCAAAAACCCAAGACUGACCAAGAUUUCGAUCACUUGCUGAGCGAGGCAGAGUACAAAGAAUGUCUCGUUCUUGCCACUGCUUCCUCCGUCCAAGAGCUGCAACAGUACGUCAAAACGUGCAACAUCAAAAUUCCAAAGAAAUACAAACGUUUGGAUGUGUCUAACGCUUCAGGAAAUCAACAACAAACACACAAUCAAACUAAGAGGGUAGCAAGUCUAGGAUUUUUUGAAUGUGAAUUAGAUGGACGUGUCACCAGACAAAACGCAGACAAUGUUUGUGUCCUGGUCAUCCACUACGAGUUCAAAAACGAUCCUAAAUUUAUCCGAAAUGGAGACACCUGUGACGUAGAAAACCUCAAGACUUCCUUCGGGGAAAACCGGAAUUGCAAUUUCCGUAACUUGUCACCAAACAAAGAGACUUUACUCCAACUUCUUGGCGAUCAAGACAAGCUUUUGCAGCUUUUCAACACUCAAGCGACAAUGGCAAACACUAAUAAAAAUGGUUCAUGGUUUGUCAGAAACAUCUGCUUUUGUCUGGACAGUGCCGAUGAUGAGCCCUUGUUGAAAUUCUUCACCGUUGUUCAGAGUCGAAUGCAUCAAAAGUCACGCAAUUCCACGAACUUUGUGGAAAACACUCUUCUGGGGCAGACACCAGAGCUCAAAAUGUUUACACAGGACAGAAAAUUCAUAAUCUCAAAUACGAAAACGACAGCAAUACCUUCUUCAAACACUGAUGCGACGAGGGACACAAGCGAAGUAAAUAUAAAACCAUUUUCUGCAAAUUUCCCUUGGAAAUCGGAUGAAGAGCAAGAUAUCAGGGGCCGUAGAGGAUUCAUAUUAUCCGUUGUCCGAAGUAAACAUGUGCAAGAAAUGACGAGGGUUCUUCAAAACCUGGACUUCGAAAUUAGAGAGUGGAAACUUAAUGAACAAUCAGUGAAGUUGUAUACUGAAAAUGUUUCCGAGUUGGAACCAGACGUGGGCUGCAUCAUGACCUGCAUAUUUGGCCCUGUGUGUGAAAACGAACAGAAAGAGGUUUGCGUGCGUGUGGGUCAAGAGACUCGUCCGAUCACGGACAUUCUAUACACUUUGGUUGGCCCUAAAAACAAUAAAUUGAUAGGAAAGCCAAAAAUCAUGUUCGUUGUUGACGUGGACGUGGAAGCACCACAAACGGACGACGUAAGUUUUACUCCAACUUACACGAUAGAUGAUAGUUGGACAAUUAUUUUUUAUUUAGAUCCAUGUGCCCACGAAAGAUUUACAAGUCUCUGCUACAAACCACAGUGGGUGGCUAGUAUUGAUUCUAAAAUAUGAAGAUGCAUCAGAGAAGUUGAUUGAACUACUUGGAAACAUCGGUGAGAAAAGCCUGCAAGAACUUCUGGAGCCUCUGCUAACUCGUGAGUCCAAAAAAGAAGACGUGGUUCUUCUUAAUUCCACUUUGCAGUAUCU